AUGGAUCCCAGCAUUAACAUCUACAACACUUCGGUGAUCCCACCACCGGACGGGAUAACCUCAAACUUUGAUAGGUCCCUAUCUGGCGUGCAACUGGCAACGAUUGUCGUUUUUGCCAUAACAUUCUUUUUCGCGACGUUUACUCUUGCUCUUCGCUAUGUUACCAGUGUCUUGGUUGUCAAAGAAUGGGAGCUUGAUGUUGUGCUAAUUACUCUAUCAUGGUUAACCGCCCUGGGAUACUUCAUCUCAGUUUCCUUCAUGAUGAAGUAUGGAUGGGGCUCACACGCUUGGGAUGUUUCACUCGCUGAGAUGGUCAACUACAACAAGUACCUCUCGCCGACGACAUUAACGUACAUGUGGAGUCCGACCCUGACGAAACUAUCCAUCUUGUCAGUCUUGUACCGCAUCAGCCCUGCUCGACCACAUCAGUAUGCCGUCUACAUCAUCGCCGGCAGUCUCUUGAUCUACACAAUCACCUUUACCGUCCUCCUAUCUGGACCAUGUAACCCACGCGAUGUUGGUUCGGGCGUUUGCUUGAACAACCUUGCCAUCGCGCAGGUGGUGUUGAAUAUUGCCAGUGAUCUCGCCAUCAUUAUUCUACCACUGCCUACUCUAUAUCACCUACAAAUACGUCUUCGGCAAAAGUUUGUAGUUGCUGGUAUCCUCUCCGUCGGAUCUGCUGUCUUGAUCGCAUCCAUCGUCCGAGCCCCUUAUGUUCAAAUCUUCGCCACCAACCCCGACUUCACACUCAAACAAGCCGAGGCUGGAAUAUGGUCACUGGUUGAACUCAAUAUGGGAAUAGUCUGCAACAACCUCAUGAGACUCAAGCCGUUCCUGAACCGAUACCUGCCUGAACUCUUGACCUUCCUCGGCAUGUCGGGAGGCAAGUCAAAGCAGAAGAUGACUAACUCAGCCGACAUCAAUGGUAACUGGAAACACAAGAAUUCCCAGGGCUACCAGCUUCACAGUAUAGGGAAAGGGGAUAAUAAUGAGAGUUUCAACAAAAACACGGGAGUGCAAGCCAAGGUGUUUGAGGAAUCGACGAAAGAGACGAUAGGGGAUAAUGGUAGUACGGAUAGCAUAUUGAGAGUUUAG